AUGUUUCGCGCUCCGGCUGCCACAUGCUCUCUUGCCCUCCCGAUGGUCGGCGAGCUCGGCACACAUGAUAUUGGCGAGCUGCUCAGCUACACUGGGUUUGCAGGAGUCAGCAUCACCCGCUCAGUAAUCGAGACUGCUGGCGAGCCAGUUUCGUGCUGCGCUGUGGUGGUCCCGGAGGAGAUCCCGCACCUCAUCCAUGAAAAUACGGCAGCAUGCCUCGCAUUCAAUGUAGGCGCUUCACUCGCGACCUCGUCGGACUGUACGGGCGCGACUGUGACAAUCAACGCCCAGCCGCCGCUGUCAGCGACCAACGCAAGCAAUCCCGCUUCGCAGCGCUUGGGCAAGGUCGGGAUUGUGGAAUGGGGUGAGGGCCUCUGCGUCGACGUCGGCUUUUCCAGCCCAUCGUGCACCGUCCCGGACGACCACACUCUCUACGUGGCCCUUGACCCCUGGACCGACGCUUUCUGGCACGACUUUCACAACGGCUUUAUGCGAACUUUCGGCACGCUCUACGAGCUCGACGAUCCGUCAUUGUUGCAAUGUGACGACAGCUGGCCCGAGGUCUGUCGGGUCAACACGACUAAGGUCAUCGUCGCCUACAGGGUCUCCACAAGCCCGAGUCAUUCCGCCGGACCAAGCCUUCGCGGGCUGCUCGCACAUCUGGCCGACGAGGUCAUCGCAGAGCCGGAUCCAUCGCACUGCUAUGCGCGGGUGGUUGCCGGUCCCGCCACUGCGCUUGAUCUCAACGCUGGCGCUCGCUUCACACUCAAGUCGACGAAACUGCUCUCGUACUUUUCGCGCUGGUACUAUUACGUCGCGACGACGCUCGGAUCGCAGUCAGGUCUCGCAGUUCUUGAUCUGGAGCGAUUGGUCGAGCCGCGCACCGAGCAUCGCGUGCUCAUUAUCUCGCGUCGAGGUGCUUCGCAUGGGCGCAAGUGGGGUCCGGGUAUUGAGGACGCAAUGGUGGCCUGGCUCGAGAGCUCCGGAGUCUCGGUUGAAGCUGUUGACUUUGCGGCGAUGUCUGUCGUGGAGGUCGCGGCUGCAGUUCGUCGGGCCACCGUCGUCAUUGGCGUCUCGGGUGCGGGCAUGAUCAACAUGAUGUACGCGAGGCCAGACACAGUGCUCAUCUACAUCUACCCUGAGCGUGUCUUUGGUCAUCUUGAUCCGCUCAACAGCUCGGGCAUUUACAUCACGCUGGCGCGAAUGCGGGGCGGCCAAGUCGUGGUGGUGCAUGACCUUUCGGCCGGCCCGGAUGCCGACAACUACCUCCCGCUCCCCAUCGCGGCCAGUUUCUUCAAGAUCGGCUUCGCCCUGGGCCUAGGCGGGCGCUUCCCGCCGCCGACGCUGGCCCCAGUUCCCUCGGUCUGGGAUGGCCCAUCGGCGGACGAGUACAAAUACACCAUCUUGUAG